GUGGGUGCCGCGGCAUCAAAUGUGUCCGUGUGUGUCCCCCCCCGGCAUCCGCCCACAGGCGACAUCUCGGAGUGGGAGCUGAUGCCCCUGGAGCAGAGCAACGUCUUCCAGGUGCCCCCCCGGGAGCUGCAGAGCCAGGACUCCAGCGUGGCCGGCGCAUUGCCCACCCCCGGCGCCUCCGAGCUCGCCUCCGGGAUCCUCUUCCCCGCGGCCGGGAACAGAAGCCUCCCGGUGACGGGUCGCGGCAGCCCCGGCCCCGACGGCCUCAGCUUCUCCUGCCCCAUCGACCGCUUCCGCUCUGCCAGUUGCCCCCCCGCCCACUGGCCGUCCCCGGAGCCGCGCCGGGACUCCCCGGAUCCGGACCCCGGCGCCUCCUACCUCUGGGUGUCGGACCCUCCUCGCCCGGGCUCCGGGACGCAGCCGCUGGACCUGCGGGUGCCGGUGGCCCAGCACCCCGAGCCCUGGCCGAAGGUGGCCCGCGAUGCCCACCGGCUGGCCUGCGCCCGGGAGCCCUCCAGCUGGCGAGCCGGGGGGGAGCCGCUGGUGGGGGAGAUCGCCUUCCAGCUGGACCGCCGCAUCCUGGCCGCCGUCUUCCCUGACCGCCGCCACCUCUACGGCUUCACCGUCGCCAACAUCCCCGAGAAGAUCAUGGCGACGGCCCUGGGCACGGUGCCGGGGCCCUUCGACGAGCAGCGCUGCGCCGACGCCGCCCGGCGCUACGUGGCCGUGAUGGGGCGGCUGCGGGCGCUGGGCUACAGCCCCUCGGCGCACCCGGCCUUCGCCGAGUCCUUGGUGAACACCUACGGCGUCCUGCCCCAGCCCCCCGGCCCCGACGCGCGCCCCUACCACAGCCCGGCCUUCCUGCGCCGCGUGGUGACCGAGACGGUGCCGCCGCCGGCGCAGCUGGACGUGAUGGUGCUGCUGGAUUGCCUGGAGGAGCUGGCGAGGGAGGACGGGCAGCCCCUCUUCCUCUGGUGACGGGAUUUCCAUGGCCGGCGCUGGCACCGGCACCGGACCCCACACCGGCACCGGACCCCACGCCGCGCAAUAAACGCCGUGUCCCACAGCAUCCUCCUGGAGACGCUGGUUGGUCACGGCGUGGGUGGGCGCACGCUCUGCCGGGUGACAGACGGUCCCCUCGGGACAGGGGGGACAUGGAGGCGCCGGAGCGGGUCCGGAGAAGGGCAACGGAGGUGGGGAGGGGGCUGGAGAAGGAGGAGAAGGGUCUGGAGAACUUGUGAGGAGCGGCUGAGGGAGCUGGGGGUGUUCAGCCUGGAGAAAAGGGGGCCGAGGGGAGACCUUCUCGCUCUCUGCAGCUCCCUGAAAGGAGGGGGCAGCCAGGGGGGGUCGGGCUCUUCUCCCAAGGAACAGGCCACGGGACAAGAGGGAACGGCCUCCAGUUGCGCCAGGGCAGGUUUAGGAUGGAUAUCGGGGAAAAUUCCUUCAUGGAAAGGGCUGUCGGGCGUUGGAAGAGGCUGCCCAGGGCAGUGGGGGAGUCGCCAUCCCCGGAGGGAUGGAAAAGCCGGGCAGACGCGGCGCUGAGGGACGCGGGGUAGCGCUGGGUUUGGCAGCGCUGGGCGGAGGGUUGGACUCCAUGGUCUGAAAGGCCUUUUCCAACCUCAGCGAUCCAUAGA